AUGCACGUGCACGGCUUCAGGGGGGUUCCCUCGCCCGUGCGGGUCGCGCAGGUGCUGGCGGCUGCAGCGGCGCGGCUGGGGAUCCAGCUAGGCGCAGGCGAUGCGGUGACGCCUUACCUGAUUGGCGGCGGCGGUGGAGCGCGACCUCGGCCUGGCGCAGUGGGAGCGGCGGCGGCUGCUGGAGGUUUGGUGGCAGCGCCUGCUGCCGGCGGAGGCAUGCCGCCCGCUGGGGUGCUGGUCGCUGGACCGCCUGCUGCGCCCGCGCCCGCGGGUGGUGCCCCCGCUGUGGCGGCCGGAGUUGCCGGCCUGGCUGCCGUGCUUGGGGGCGCGCCAGCGGCCGACGCGCGCAUCCAGUCGGUCACCUACGACCUGCAGGGGCAGCGGCACGCGGACUUUCGCACGGCGGUCAUGGGCAUGUCGGAGGGGGCCUUCCCUGACUGGCCAGUCAGAGGCCCCGGGGCGGCGCUGUGGGUCCUCAAGUUCAUGGAGGCCCACGGAGGCACUCCGACGGGGCGCCACUCGCGGUGGCUGUCGGAGACGCGGCUGCAGGGCCAUGAGCCAGGCGUCGACGAGCGCGAACGGGCUUGCAGGACGCUCGAGCGCAUGGUGAUCUACGACCAGCUCAACGUGGCGAACCUCGCCUCAGGCGAGAUGCUAGCCAGGACCGUGCAGCUCCAGGAGGAGCGCUACAGGGAUCGAGCCGCCCCGGCAGUCGACUCGGGGAGUCUCGACGCCCACGUGCUGAUGGGCACCGACCAGCUUCGCGGUAACGUGCGCGUGGCGCCGUUGCUGCAGGACCACAUCAAGGACGAGCUCACGAAGAUGAACGCUUACCGCAAGGAGCAGCGCAAAGCCAGAGAGGAGCGCGACUUGGCCCGCAAGAACAAGAAGGGGACCAAGGGCGACAAGGGCUCUGGCAAGGUUCCUGAUGACGCUCUCUGGCACGACUGGGCCAACGACGCCAUCGACGUCAUGGACGCUGUGUGUGCUCCUGGGGCCCAGCCGUCUUCCCUCGGUCUCGCCGAAGGUCAACGGGCGUCCCUCGCGCGCAUCCAGUCUGCCUUCGCAUGCCUCAAGCCGAUCGUUGAGGAUGAGGGCUUUCCCGAAGGUGCUCUUUCGGAUCUUCUUUCUGGCUCCCCGCUGUGCGCGUCGGGCGGGCCGCGCCGACCCUACUCGCGGGACCUGAUCUCGUGGCCCGAUGCUGGUGACGACCCUGUGCCUCUUACGAAGGUCGUUGCUGGCCCGGGCGCUCAGUGGCUUAGGGACUGGAGCACGAAAAUGCUACGCGGUCGCGAGGCGGCAGACGCCCUCCUGCAGCAGGUGUGCCCGCGGGGGCCGUACGUCGAUCCCCAUCUUGCUUUCUCUCCGGCGACCUUCGCCGACUUCCUUGCUGAGAUGUUGCAGCGGAAGAUGAUCUGCUUCGAGGCGGAGGACCCCAGCAUCAAGCCUAUUGGAGUCUUCUGUGUCGCAAAGAAGAGCAAUCGUCUGAGGCUCAUUUUUGACACGCGUACUGCGAACGCGAACUUCACGGACCCGCCAGCCACUGCACUGCCAAGCGCCGCAGCCUUCGCUGGCCUGGAGGCGCCUGGAGGCAGGGUCGUUGUCGCCGCUGGUGAUAUUGACAGCGCCUUCUACAGGAUGCUGAUGCCCGAAG